AUGCGUUUCUCCUCUGCAUUUGUCCUCGCCGUCGUUGCUGCUUUAGCCUCAUCAUCCGUCUUUGCCAUACCCCCUCAGGUUGACGAGGCUGGCACCACUCAAUGUCGAAACUUUUGCUACAUUGAUGAAGAUUGCCAAGAAUUUGGCUGCACUCAUCGGACUUGCCUCUUCAAUUGGUUCUGCGUAGAAUUUGAGUUGUACAAGAACAAAUUAGAGUUUAAUUCAAAAUAUCGGACUGGAGAUGAGCGCAAUGCAACGCCCCAUGAACCGGUAACCAUUCCCGUGUCACUGUUCGUCACCUACCCCAUCAACGAUCAAUCCUUGAACAUACAUCUCCUAGUUCCACAGGAGUUUAGUCCUGGUGUUGUGCACCGCUACAACGGGUUAUUUUAUGCUACUCAAAUAGUCGAAGCUCAUACAGGAGCGCACGUUACGGUGAAAGUGAAUAAAGGUGAAGAGUAUUUGAUUAAUAUCACUUCCUGCCUGGUACUACUACGACAGCGCCGGGGAGCUCGAGAGCGGUAG